AUUCUUAUACCUUUUUUCCUUUUUUUUGGGGAAUUGAAGUGAUCAAAGUGUAGCAUAUAUAGGAUAUAUAGGACAGAAAAAAUGAAAUUAAAUGAACCAUCUAGCCUAGGAAUUGAAGAGGGAGAAAUUGUGGACGAAUAUGAACUUAUUUCCUCGGAUGAAGAGGUUGGCAUGAGGGAGCGAAUUCGAGAAUUGGAGGAGAAAAAUGCUGAAAUUGAAUUCAUAUCGCAGAUUUCAAGAAGUUAUGAUAUUGAACGUGCUGCACGCAUACCCACAGACGUUUCAUCGAUAUCAUCGACAGAAUUUAAGACUCCCAAGAAGAGGAAACGCCACAAAAACAAGGAACACAAAGUGAAAUGUCAUCACCACCGCCAUCACAGUAGCAGCACACAUCAUCGACAUCAUUCUACGCAAAUUGAUAAGAAAUCGUCAAGGUCAAGAAAAACACGUUGUAAACGAAAAGAAAAGCUCUUGCGGAAAAAACAUGCAAAAUAUGCAUAUCGAGAUUAUGGCGAUAAUCUUAAAUUGGGCUUGGUGUCGCCAGAUUCCCUGGGGACGGAUUUAUCUUCUAGCCUAUCGGAUAGUGAAGACUCCCAACGCCUGGAUUCGGGAGCGGAAGACUUUAGAGAUGAUUACCACUAUAGGGAAAAUAUUAGGGAUACACUGCGUUUGGCCGUUUCCAGACAUAGGAAAAAUUCCACACGCCAAACUAAACAUAAAAAUGGUCUAAUGGAAAAACUAAUGCGAAGAGACGAGAUGUUCAGUGAAAAUGUUAAUAGUUUCCAGCCAGAUGAUCAAAAUAUUGAUAUAGUUGAGGAUGCGGACGCAGAUGAAGCUGAUACAGUUGAAAUGUGUCCACCACCACCACCAAAUGAAAAUCUACACAAUGUACCUGAAGAUUCUUGCGAUUCCUUAGAGGAGAGGGAGUUGCGUCUUAUUGCUCUAAAAUCGGCAAUUCUCAAGAAACACAUGGAGCGCAAGAAACGUAAUGCCGAGGCGGCGUACUCUCCCACAGAUUUUGAUGAAAUAAUAAUGCCCGAAGAAAAACUGGAUGAUAUAGAGGUUAUCGAUUUGGAAGAAGACGAUGAUUCACAAAAUGCUUGUGCCACGGUAAGCCCCAUAACUUCCCCGCAGCUAAUGUUACUCGAUGGUCCGGAUGAGAGUUCUCAAAUUGACUGUAAACCAGUCGAUAUGGACAUUGCAAAUAGUGAUAGCGAUGAGGCAAAUGAUAAUUGUUGGGGUGUUGUUCCCAUGACGCAACCGAUGUCUUUUUCUGCAUUCGCCCAGCAAGACAUGGCCAAUCUUUGUGCCUAUGGGAAUGGUGAGUUUUAUAUUGGAGAGUUUCCUGUGAAUACCUCGAAUCCUCCUCCACCUGGUGUGGAUGAUUAUGAAGACAUUAAGCAACCUGACAUUUCAUUUGACAAAUAUCAAGACAGUGAUGGUCAAGAUAUGGAAUUAGAUAAUGAAUUUGAACCCAUCGAAUCAUAUCCCAGUCAAAACCAGAACAUGGAACCAAUUUCUGUGCCAGAAGUGAAGACAGAAUUCCGAGAAGAAGAAGAAGAAGACAGAACUAAGGAAGAUGACCUUCAAGAGGAGGAAGAAGAAAUGGCUUUAAGGGCUCUAUUAUUGGCCAAGUUCCAAUCGCCCAAAAAUCAACAAAAGAAGCCUAACGUUGUCGAGAGAGACACUAGCUCGAAUAUGGAUGUAAAACCAAAAAUUGCAAAACCCACUGAAGCCAUUCUCAAAGAAGCUGUCAAACGUCUACAAAUUCACUCACAACUGGAAUGUCGUCAAGAGUCAGGGUCGCAUGAAGCCCACAUAAAAACUGAACGUGAUAUUUCAAGACCUUUAUCCUGUGAUCCCUUGCACAGAAAGAAUGAUGUCCUUAUUUCGUCACAAGAUAAUUCAAGAGAUUCGGAAUCUCUGGCCUUGGUAACUUUACAAAGAAAGGCAAAACAACUUAAAUGCCACAAUGAAAUAAAGGAAAUAUCAAGUCACAGGGCUGUGGAUGAACGAAGGCAGGAUGAUGUUAUGAGUAAGGAUCGCGAUUUUGAGAGCAGAUAUGGGAUUGGAGUUUAUGGAAAGGAGGAAACGCUUAUGACCCGCAAUGAGUAUGUGGAUGAAAGAGGUUGUGAUUUUGGUCACAAUGAGCAUCAGUUUAAUGGUGUUCCAAAUCAGCAUAAAUAUAGAAGUAAAUUUGAUGAAUUUGCGGAAGAAUUGGACCAUGUUCAAGAGCCACCAGCACAGCCAGAUUCUGCUGAAAUAACUGAAUCAGCAGUAACUUAUGCAAGUAAUGACCAAACCGAAAACAUUCCUGUUAUGGAUAAAGAUAUUAAAAGACGUUUACAAAAACUUAAAGACGAAAUUUUGUCGGCAACAAAAUUGCAGUUGUUGGAUGCUAAUAAAGAAGCGGGCAAUGCGGAAAUGAGUAUCUCAAUAAAAGGAAAUCAGGUAUCUAAGCAUUUAAUAGAUGAAGUGCGAGAAGAGCAUCCAACCAUGGAAAAGGAGGAAACAGAAAAGGCUGUGGUAGUUCAAAAGGAUACUAUUGAUAAACCACCCACUUCUAUGGAAAUUGAGAAACCCGGUGGUGAGGAAAGGGUUACAAAACCUCUUCCGGUUUUGGCCAAUGAUAAUACCAACCAUCCAAGAAAGAAGGAAAUCAGUAAAAAUAAUACUGCUCUCAAAGAAAACAAUGUAAAUAGUGUGAAUAAAAAACCUGUGGAAAAUAUUAGUUCAAAACCUGAGCAGCCGUCGGCGGUCAAAAAAGCUACAAAAACAAUAACAAAAACAAUAAAUUCCAUCAGUGCAAAACAAACAAAAUUGAACCCAUCCAAGGCAGUUGUUAUAAAUAGUAAUACAGUUACGCCAAAUGUCUUACCACAAAUUACAGUUACGGCCACAGUUAAGCCACCAACGCUACCGCCAACCUACUCCGUCUUACGCACCACCAAAAUAGUCAAACCCAAUAAGGUUAUAAAUCGAAAUAUUGAUACCACCAAACGCAAAGUUAUUCUCAUAAAAUCUGAACAAAAUUCUGUCCAGACCAGUCAAGCAACGCCCGCGAAACAAAUCAAAUUGGAGCCAUCUAUCAUUCCUGCCAACAAACCUGCGGAUAAUUCGCGUUUAAUUACAUCCAUGGAACAGGUGAAACAUAUGUGCAAUGUUGCUCAACUAGUUAUAAGUGUCCAGAAUUCAUCGAACGAGUCCAGCGACGAAGAAUGGCCUAAUUGUGAUAGUUUUUACAAACCUUUAAUUGAUUACAAUGAUAAUGCCAGCCCACUGAGUUUAAAUAUGGAGAGUCCCUGUCUAACGCCAAUAAGGUCACGGUCACCAAUUGACAUGGCCCAACAGAAUACGGAAGAAGCGAAAACAACUGGAAAACGUUCUCCUGUUGUAUUGAAAAAACCAGCUGCCCGGACAAUGUCACCAAAAACUCCCAUUACUGGAGUGGACAGUAAAACGAAGACUGAUGGCAAUCUAAAAACUCCUGUGGCUGUAAGACAUUUGCCUCCCGCCGCCCAAGAUGAGUAUCGACAACUGGUCCACCGCAUGAAGUUAUUGGAAAAUCAGAGAAAUAAAAAAGACAACAAAAAAGCAAGUGAAAAUGACACAAACCCCAAUGUAUGCAGUGAUGAUACGACAAAAAUGGAAGAGGAACAAAAUUUACAAAUCGAUAAGAAAUCAAGUCUGGUGAAAAAAGUUCUAUUGAGAAAUGCCAAUAAGCCGCAGCCGGGGACGGUGGUGACUAGCAAUGAAAACCCCCCAAGCAAGGCAACCACAACACCUCACCAUUCUAAAACCCAUAAAACCGAGGUUUUGCGUUCCUAUGAGAAUUUAUAUGCAAAAAUUGGAUCUGGAAUUGUCAAUAAUUUGGAUAAGUCUCUAAAAUUGGUCGAAGAAGCCAGAAAAGCCAAAGUCAAUAAAUUGCAAUUAGAAGAACGCCUUCGAGAGUUAAGAGCCGAAAUGGAUUUGCUACAGACUAAGCACAAGGAAGAAGAACAAAAGAUAUCACGCAUUUAUCCAACAAUAUGUUCGACAAAUGAGGUCAUAACCUCGUUGAAACAAAAACGUAGCAAGGUGUUUAAGGCGGCCAUUGGAUUGGGAAAAACUCUAAAGGGCGAAGAAUAUAGACUGAAUAAUGAUUUAAAACAAAAUAUAAUUAAUAAAACAAAACUAUUGGCGGCUGAAAUUAAAAUAGUAAACUCACUGAAGGCUGAAAACAUAAAGACAUUACUUAAUGAAAAAACGGGAUUAAUGGAAAAGACAGAUGCCCUAAUUGAAGCAGAAGAAGAAGAAGAAAAUAAAGACGAAAAGAAAACACCUCCUUCCGAUGAGGACACCUCAAAGAAACCCUCAACACCUGCCAUAAAUAAAACUGAAAUCAAUGUUGACACAAGAAUUGAUGCCUCCAAAAUACUUGGCGGUUCCACAGAAUUUCAGGAUACGGCUAAUGCUGCUGUUGCUGUCGAUGAUGCUGUUGCCGGCGGACCGCCAAACAAUAAUUGUGAUACAAAUUCCAUUAGUGAAUAUGAAACCUUUUGCAGUGAUAAACCAGCCAGCGCCAAUCAAGAUGAGGAGCCAGCGAACAAAAAAGAUGAAGACGAGGAAGAAGAUACCGGGAAAUCGUUGCCAUCGUAUAUAUCACCAUUGGACCACAUACGCUGUAGCAAUGAAGGUACUUUGGAUCCGAAUGGCGUUGUGUGUCCCUAUGAUCUCAUGGGUAAUUGUGAGGACGUUAAUUGUAAAUAUGUACAUAUAUCCUCGAAGGAUAACAAACAGCCAGAAAAGCAAAUAGUAACAACCUCCUGAAUGUGGUCGUGUCUUCAAUGUGUGAUGGCCUGGGGAAUUGUUUUGGGUAAGUUCUUACAAUAACCUUAAACACCUUAGCCUCUAACGUGUAAGCAUUUAACAUGAAACAAAAAAAAAAAAAAAAGAAAAUAAA